GCUGCCGCGGGUUCCUUUUUUUUUUUUUUUUUUUUAAAUCUUUACUGACCGAGUGAAAAACAACGACAGCCGGAGCAGUAGGAGUAACUGCGUUGCGAGGAGGAGCAUCCACCUUUGAGGGCUAUUAAAGCGCAGCAGAGGCAGCAGACGGAGAGACGGGGACUCUGCGCCCAGACGGAGAGGAGUCAACAUGUUUGAGACCAAAGGAAUCCCUUUUGUCCUGCUCGAUUUAGUCUGUCUAAUUCUAGGGGCUCUACCUCUGGCAAUCUUUAACCUGGGUAAGAUCCGCCCCUAUCAAAGGGGCUUUUUCUGUAGCGACGACAGCAUCAAGUACCCUUUCCACCCCAGCACAGUCACCUCCAAGGUGCUCUACUCUGUGGGGCUCUGCCUGCCCAUAGGCUCUAUGGUCUUUGGCGAGUGCCUUUUAGUUUAUUUAAAGCGCAUCGAAUCCAAAUCAACGUUCGGCAACUAUGUUGCCUGUGUUUACAAAGCCAUCGGUACCUUCGUCUUUGGUGCCGGCAUGAGUCAGUCUCUGACGGACAUCGCAAAGUAUUCGAUCGGCCGGCUCAGGCCGCACUUCCUUGAUGUGUGCAAACCGGACUGGAAACUCAUCAACUGCACAGCAGGUGUAUACAUCGAAAACUUCAACUGCACUGGAGAUCCGAAGGUGGUCAACGAAGGCAGACUGUCCUUCUAUUCUGGCCACUCGUCGUUCUCCAUGUACUGCAUGCUGUUCCUCGCUCUCUACCUGCAGGCGCGGCUUCAGGUCCAGUGGGCGCGGCUGCUCAGACCAACCCUCCAGUUCUUCCUGAUCGCUGCCUCGGUGUACACCGGCCUGUCAAGGGUUUCCGAUUACAAACAUCACUGGAGCGACGUGCUGACAGGGCUGCUGCAGGGCGCAGUCAUGGCUCUGCUGGUGGUCUUCUUCAUAUCAGACUUUUUCAAAACAACAGAGUGCCGUAAAGAGACGGACAUCCCUCACACAACGCUGCAGGAGACCCCCACAAACGGGAAUCACUUUGAGAGUCCCAACUAAGCUAAGUGGAGCUACGCUAAGAGUCCUCUCCUUCCAACGCACACCCAGAAUUCCAGCUUCGAAGCCUUUAAUCCUGAGCAAAUCCCCCAUUCAAUACACUGCAUGGACGUUUAGUUUGAACUACCUGAUUAUUCCUCAAGUUAUCUGAACUCUCAAAACCACACAUGGCCUCUUUGAAUUUCACACUUUAGGGUAUUUCAUGCUUGUCUGCCAGUGCUCCGUGUGAAAGAUUGUGAAAAGUAUCCAGCUGUAGAUCACAAGCUGAAGAUUGAAAAAUGAGGUGGAUCUAUUAGUGUGAACAACUGAAGCGGAGGGAAAACUGCAUGCACCAAAAGGAUCUGACCACUGCCUUGAGGGAGGGCGUGUUGGAAACCUGUGAAUGUAAUCCUGCUUAGUGCUUUUCCUGAACUGCAGUCAGCAUGCUCAUGGAUCUGAUUUAGGGUCAGUUUUAUGUCUCCAGUAGUGAAUGAAGGAAAAGGGUUAACAGAGGAUGAAGCUGACCCUAAGCCAGAGAACAGCGCUGUUGCACAUCCAGACUGCUGCUGUCUAACCUGAUAUCAUAAACCAAGUGUUUGUUUUGUGGCUUUGGGUUAGCGUGAUGCACAGCUGACUGCUGAGUCCUGUGUUGCCUUGUACUGGACUGCUGUGGCUGCUAUUACAGCUCCCUGUGGAUCUUAUGUAAAACAAAUACAGAACAAUGUGCUUUUGUAUAAUCUGUAUGCAAACAAAUCACCAUACAGACUUUUUAUUGAAAAGACAAAACAAUGUUAUAAUUAUGUACAAAUGUCUAAAAUAAGGAAAAAUAAAGCCAUCUAACUCACAAACAUUAACUCAAAUGAUGUGUUUGAUGUAUGAAUUCAAUAAAAACUUGAAUGU